AUGGCCUCCCCAGAACUCAUAGCUAUGCUUGAAUCUGUUGCCGAUAGUUCUGCUGCGGUCAAGACUGAAACUUACAAUACCCUCCUCUCUGAACUGACUGGUUCUUCACCUGCUUCCCCUGAACAGCAUGCGGCAAAUCUGAUCACAUUUGUCGAUUCGGCGCUCUCUUCCUCGCUCGGAAUCAUUACUGUCCGGCCCCUCCUGGCCAGCCUCAUCAAGUCCCUCACUUCUGUCCCAUCCGAGGUCAAGGUCAAGGUUGGGUCUCAUAUCGCCGAAGCAUUGCGGUCUCACCUAGCUUCAUAUGAAGAGCAGGAUGCUGCAGUCAGAGAGAUACUAGCGGAUGGAUACGAGGCGGAGGAGGAAUACUCUGCGGCUGCCAAGGCCUUACAAGGCAUAAAUCUAGACACCACUCAACGUCAAGUCUCAGAUCGAUCUAAGGUCGAAACAUGGAUCCGGAUUGUCCGAUAUUAUCUGGAGGAGGAUGAUACCGUGGCCGCGGAGACAGCAUUGAACAAGAUCAAAAACUCGGCCGCAGCCGCACAGGUCUUGAAAGACGCUCCAGAUCUGAGACUACACUACCAAUUAUCCCAAGCACGCAUCUUGGACUCUCGUCGAGAUUUCCUGAAUGCGUCUGCGGAAUAUUUCCAUGUGUCUUUCAACUCAAUGACCGAUGACGAGGAACGGAAACGGGCCCUCUCUGCAGCUAUCAAAACAGCCAUUCUCGCUCCAGCAGGUCCGCAAAGAAGUCGCACACUGGCAAAGCUGUACAAGGAUGAGAGGUCGCCGGAGACGGAAGAGUAUGGGAUUUUGGAGAAUAUGUUCUUGGACCGAUUACUGUCUGCCGCGGAAGUCGACGCAUUCGCAUCUACCCUGGCACCUCAUCAGCUCGCCAAAACGUCGGACGGCAGUACCGUCUUGAGCAAGGCUGUCAUCGAGCACAACUUGCUUGCCACAAGUCGACUGUAUGAAAACAUUACAACGGCUGCUCUUGCACGGAUUCUCGGUCUCAAGGAUGGCAAAGACGAAACCGCGGCGGAGAAGGCUGAAGAUUAUGCCGCACGAAUGGUUGAACAAGGUCGGCUCCGAGGAGAGAUUGAUCAGAUUGCAGGGGUGAUCCUGUUCGAAACGGUUCCAGGUGUCGAACUGAGAGGUCCAAUUCGAGAUCUUCAACAAUGGGAUCAAGGAGUCCAAGGCUUGGUGGAAGAUGUGGAGCGGUGCGCGGCUGGUCUUAGUGAGAGUUUUCCGGUAAGCAAGUGA